GGUCAUGUGAUCAGCUGUGUCCAAUCACAGCUGAUCACUGAUCAUCAGGGCACUGAUCAUCAGUGUGGCCCCAGAAGUGCCACCUGUCAGUGCCCAUCAGUGCCACGUGCCAGUGCCCAUCAGUGCCACAUCAAUGCCACAUAUCAGUGCAUACCAGUGCACAUCAAUGCCACAUAUCAGUGCCCAUCUGAGCUGUCUUUUAAUGUCAUCCAUCAGUGCCAGUCAGUGCCACCUAUCAAUGCCAAUCAGUGCCACCUAUCAGUGCCAGUCAGUGUCACCUAUCAGUGCGCAUCAGUGCCGCUUAUCAGUGCCAGUCAGUGCCGCCUAUCAGUGCCGCCUAUCAGUGCCAUGUAUCAGUGUCAUGCAUCAGUGCUGCCUUUCAGUGCCCAUCAGUGAUGCCUGUCA